AUGUUGUUCAAAUCACCCAUUCCCCUCGAUGAACUGAAAUUCAAUGUCCCCGUGGCAUAUCAGAUUCACGUCGACCGGGAGCUCUUGAAACUCACCACACAGAAACUGGCACUAGCCCGCUACCCCGAAGAACAGUCAGACUUCAACGCCAACAAUUGGUCACAAGGAGCGAAAGUCGCUCGCGUGAGACAGCUCGCAGAGUACUGGGAGCAUGAAUUCGACUGGGAAAAGCAAGAGAAAGUCCUCAACGAAACCUUCAACCACUUCAUAGUGAAGCUGGAUGUACCAGGAUACGGAACCAUCGUCCUCCAUUACACCCAUAACCAAGCAACAAGCAGCAAUGCAAUCCCUCUUCUAUUUUCCCACGGCUGGCCAGGAUCCUUCGUGGAGGCAAUGCAAAUCGUGAAACCACUAAGCAACCCCAAAGCCAACGAGCCAUCCUUCCACGUCGUCGCCCCCUCAAUCCCCGGAUUCGGAUUCUCUCCUGCGCCGAAAAAGUCCGGCCUCGGACCCGAGGUCGUUGCCCGCGCCUACAAAAUCCUCAUGACCGAGGUCCUGGGCUAUCCCAAAUUCGUGACGCAGGGAGGUGAUUUCGGAUCAUUCAUCACUCGCUCUUUAGCAAUCCAGUAUCCCGAUUCCGUCAGAGCCCAGCAUCUGAACAUGUUCCCAGUACCACCUCCGACUUUAUUUACUGCUCCUGCUGCUUAUAUCCGCUGGUGCUUUUCGGCGUUCACGUACACGGAGUUCGAGAUGAAGGCGGUGCAGAUGAGGCGGAAUUUCGAGAUUGAUCAGAGUGGAUAUCUGGAGCAGCAGAGGACAAGGCCUCAGACUCUGGGGUUCGCACUCGGAGAUUCGCCGAUCGGGUUACUUGCUUGGUUCGUGGAGAAGAUUCACGACUGGGCUGAUGUGUAUGAGGCCUUUAGUGAUGAUGUUAUAAUCACGAUGGUUAUGAUGCAUUGGAUUCAAGGUGCAACUCCUGCUCUGAGAUUCUAUCGAGAGGCGUUUGGUACAAGGCGCGAGGCUGAGAGGACGUUCGAAACGUAUGUCUCUGUGCCUACUGGUGUGAGUAUGUAUGCAAAGGAACAACUUCAUUGUCCUCGCGACUGGGCUGAUCGAGCCGCUAAUGUUCGUUUUUGGCGCGAGUAUGACAAUGGUGGUCAUUUCUCGUCUUUGGAGCGCCCCGAUCUGUUUGUGAAGGACCUUCGGGAAUUUUUGUCUUCGGAUGCCGUUCGUGCUUCUUGGUCUCGCGCUUGA